AUGUACGGGUUCGAAUCCUGUCGCUAGAGUAUGAAUGUUGUUUAUUUUCAUUUUUAUUUUUUGGCAGCGUAUUUUGUGUUGUUGUCUGUAGGUGAUCUCGACACCAGUUAAACCGGAAUCCGGUUAAACUGGAACACCGGUAUUGUUGUGGAAGUGGAACUCUUAGGGUUACUUACAUUUUCCGGCCGGAGCAUAACACUGUGAACACAAAAUGGCGACCUCCUUGCUGCGGUUAGGGCGACUGGGUUCCCUGAAGUGUCUCCACCAGGAGAGCUGGCGCAUCCUGAGGAACCGCCCGGCUGCUCUGUUCUGCUCUCAGACUGAAGGGCCCCCACAGCCCCCACAGUCAGCACAGAGGACAGAGACUGCAGGCAAGACAGAGGUUCAAGAUGAGAGAGCAACCUUGCUAGCCUACAAGACAGCCGUUACCUUCCCAGUUAGACUUUCAGAGCCUGGAGUUUUUCUACAGCAGGGUCCAGGUGUAGCUGAAUCCGUGGCCAGCCCCACUGCAGCUGCAGAAAGAGCUGUAGCUGCUGCCAGUGAGGCAGCCCCAGCUGCUGCUGAGACUCCGGCUGCUGCUGAGACUCCAGCUGAAGCUGUGACAUCAGCUGCUGCUGCUGAGACUCCAGCUGAAGCUGUGACAUCAGCUGCUGCUGCUGAGACUCCAGCUGCUGCUCAGGUUAUCAUUAACACAGCUACACCUGUAGUUGACGCAACCCCCCCAGCUGCUGAGCCCCUGUUUGAUGCAAGUGAAACCUCAGCACCAGUAGAACCUCCUAUCACAGCCCCCACAGCAGACGAUGCAGUCACAGCCUCCAACACAAACGAUGUCGUCGCAGCCUCCACCGCAGCCGCAGAGGAUGCAGUCGCUGUUGCCAUAGCCUCCUCUGAGCCGGUUGAUCCUGCAGCUGAUGGAUCACCAUCAUCCUCCUCAUCAUCUAGUGACUCUGACUCUGACUCUGACUCAGACUCAGACUCUGAGGACGAGAAUUCAGAAAAGGCUGAAACAAAGACCCCCGCACCAGAAGUGAGGGAUUCCAGUUUGGAACAAAUAGCAGAAGUCCAGGAGGUUGCAUCAGAUGUAAAAGAUGGCACGAAUGAAGCGAAGAAGGAAGUUCCCCCAGAACCUGAAGCUACUCCUGCCUGUUCAGCAGCAGAAGCUGCUCCAGCUCCAGCCACCAGCGAGGCACCCAGUGUUAGCUCUGAGGAGUUUGUAGACCCCGCUCCUGAGAUCUGCAUUGCCACCCGGUACACUGUGACUAGCCAAGGAGUUUCAGCUGAAGCUGUAGUAGAACCUGCCUCAGAAGUGAAAGAAGAUGUGGCAUCUCCUGCCAUCCCUGAUGACCGUGUAGAAGAUUCAACUUCAGAAAAAACUGAUGUUCCUGUAGAAGCCACGGAGCCCCCUUCUGCUGAAGAUCCUGCAGAAGCUGCCGAAGCUCUUCUAAAAGCUACUGAAGCUGAUCCUGUAGAAGCUGUGGAGAGCACAGAGGACCUGGUGGACCCGGCUCCUGCCAUAGCCCCCUCUGAGGCUGCAGCAGAAGUUUCCGCGCCUGAGGAGCUGCUGGACACAGCUCCAGUUUUAGCUGAAGCCUCCCCUGCAGAAGCUGCAGUUGAAGACACUGAGCCUGUGGAGGGCACAGAGGAGCUGGUGGACCCAGCUGCAGUUGGAGCUGAAGCUGACCCUGCAGGAGAUGCUGCAGGGCCUGUGGAAGUUGAAGCUGCCCCCGCUGAAGCAGCUGCUGAGGCUGCAGCUGAAGGUUCUGCCCCUGAGGAGAGCCCAGAGGAGCUUGUGGACCCGGCUCCAGUCAUAGCUGAAGCUGCAGGAGAGGAGCUGCAGGAAGAAGCCCCAGUUGAAGCAUCUGAGGAGGCUGCAGCACCUCCGGAGCCCAAUGAGCCUUUUGACAACAGCACUUAUCAAAACAACCAGCACCACAACUACACCCCCUUCACGUUUGCAGACCUGGAUGUAGAGAUGGCUAAAUUCCGCCUCCCACAGCCCUCCUCCAUCAGACACUAGAAGAGCCGGCUUCGCUGCAAACCUUUAUAUUGAUAAAAGAUUAUGCUGAUGGUGAAGCCCUUUUUAUUGUGAUUAUCCCCUCACCUCUCAGUUAUGCAUAAUAAUAAUAAUAAUAAUAAUAAUAAUAAUAAUAAUGUGCUGUUAAAAUGUUAUAUCAAUAAAGUACACAAAUUAAAAAGA